AUUGCCGUAUGGCAUCUGGCAGUCAAUUUUAGUGCAGUGUCGCAAGCGUCUGCAGAAGCUCCACCCAGUGGAAUGGCACAAGCGAUUGUAACUACGCGCAGGAUUACUGUAACGCGAACGACUGCUGUUCUAGUAACUAGUUCAGGGCUAACGAUAGCAUCAGUAGUCGCAAGUUCACGGUCAGCUGCAGUUCAAUCUUCACUGCAGCCAACCUUACCCGUAUCUACACCAUCAGCUCUAAUUGCGAUGCCGUCACCGCCAGCUCCACUUGCUACGACGCCAAAUCCAUCUACAAUUUCAAUUCCGUCACUGCCAACCCCAUCACCAUCUCCAGUUGUUUCACCGCCGCCACAUAUUUCACCUGCCAUACCGUCAGCCGCAUCAGCCUUAACUGUUUAUCAUAUUUUACGGGAACUGAUGAUAAUAUUAGGAUUUAGAAUGAUUGUUUCCAUUUUCUAUGAGUGAUGUUGAGGCCCCCAGUUGUUGUUUUGCUUACUCAAAUGACCAUAAAUGAAAACAAUUUAGUUGUUGUUGUCGAUGCCUUGCAUUCGACCGGAGUGACCGGUCAUCUUCAUGGCUAUUUAUUUACAAAAAUAUAAAAAUUUGUUCAGUUAAUUUACACUUCUCAAUUGUUUUCUUAAAUUUUAGCAACUUACGCUAACUAUUAACUUCAGUUAUCACACUCAAAAAUUUAGUGUUUUUCAUUCAAUUCCCUGUUCACUUCGUGCAUCCACCACAUUUCGUAUGAAGAUGGGAUCUGUAAAUUUGGACUUCCUGCGGCAAUGUGCCAAUUAAAUCCUUCUAAGCGGAAGUGGCCAAAAAUAUAAUUAUUAAAAGUCGAACAUAGUUGCAGCGGAUUAAAAAACUCUUCGACCAGAUCUGGCUUAAAUCAGCUCUGCUUGUUAUUGAUAACUUUGAUGUCUUAUGUCAAUUCGAUUAUGUGUUUGUAAUAAAACCGACAUUGUCGUUCGUGUCA